AUGGAUGAGAUUACAUUCAAUACUCCAAGUAUUAUUAAACUAGGAUCUUUUGCUGGCAAAAUUAAGUAUUGUCUUAUUGAUACAUAUUUUAUUUCUCUUUUGAACAUUUAUAAAUUAAAAAUUAAUUAUAUUAAUAAUCAAUUGAUUGUAAUUGCAACUAAUGGAUUAAAAGAUAUUCCAUUACAUAAUUUAAUUUGGGAAUAUUUUUAUCAAUAUUCAAUUUCUGAAAAUUAUUCUAUUUAUCAUCAAAAUGGUAUAACUAUGGAUAAUCGUUUAGAAAAUUUAUUAUUAAUAUCAAAUAAUAUAGUUUAUUUACCAUUAAAAUCUUAUUCAUUAUCAAGUUUUUAUUGGAAAAUUAUUUCCUAUUUACCAGUUGAUAUGGAUGAAGUCAAUUAUCAUAGUACAAAAUUAAAUCGAUCUAGUCUAUAUGAAUGUCAUAAUGCCCCAUGUACACAAUUAUUAUUAAAUUCGUCUGAUGAACAGUUUAUUUGUCUUAAAUGCAAGAAAAUAAAAUAUUGUAGUCAAAUGUGUCAAACAAUGGAUGCUGAUAUUCAUUCAAUAUUUUGUAAUCCAAAUAAUUCGAAAUAA